AUGGCCACUGACUUCACUGAGCAAGGAACUAACCAAGGAAGUCAGAUGCGUCACAGUCCAAAAAUCAUACAAAGGAAACCCUCUUGUGAUUCGUUAGACUUCGAAUCUGCCGAAGUUGCUGGUUCUUAUCAGGGCCACGGCUUCAAGCGCGGGAAGGAUGUGAGCUGGUAGGUGAUCUUGAAUCUAGCGUUCCAGAGCUUAGGAAUCGUAUAUGGAGAUCUUGGGACUUCACCUCUCUACGUUCUUCCCAGCACUUUCAAUGAUGGAAUCAAGCACAGUGAUGAUAUUCUUGGAGUUUAUUCAUUGAUCUUCUAUACCAUCACUCUCCUCCCUUUAGUCAAGUACAUCUUGAUUGUCUUACGUGCCACUGAUAAUGGAGACGGAGGGACAUUUGCUCUGUACUCGCUCAUAUGUCGAUAUGCGAAUGUGAGUUUGAUCCCAAGUCAACAAGCGGAGGAUCAUGAUGUUUCCAAUUUUCAGAUCGAGUUGCCAAGCAGGCGGCUGAAAAAGGCAUCAGCACUCAAAUCUAAGCUAGAGAAGAGCCAGUUUGUCAAGUACUUCCUAUUGCCUUCCACCAUGAUUGGAACUUCUAUGCUCAUUGGGGAUGGCAUCCUCCCACCCUCCAUUUCAGUAUUAUCAGCAGUGGGGGGCAUCAAGCAAGCUACACCUGCGAUGACACAAGAUAUGGUUGUUUGGAUAUCAGCAGCUAUCUUGGUCUUCCUCUUUAUGAUUCAAAGAUUUGGGACUGACAAAGUGGGUUACAGCUUUGCUCCUAUAAUGUGCGUAUGGUUCGCGCUUAUUGGUGGGAUUGGCCUCUACAACUUCAUUAAAUUUGAUCCACUAAUUGUCAAAGCUAUAAAUCCACAAUACAUUAUAGCCUAUUUCAGGAGGAACAAAAUGGCUGCUUGGAUUUCCCUUGGUGACAUUAUCCUUUGCAUAACAGGAGCUGAGGCAUUAUUUGCUGAUGUCGGGCAUUUUACUGUUCUAUCCGUACAAAUAACCACAUGUACUAUUGUCUAUCCAGCUAUUUUGUUAGCAUACACUGGACAAGCCUCCUUCCUUCGCAAGCACCAACACUGUGGUGCUGAUGGCUUCUACAAAUCUGUACCAGGCCCUUUGUAUUGGCCAAUGUUCGUGGUAGCUGUGUUGGCUGCCAUCAUAGGGAGUCAAUCAUUGAUUUCAGGGACUUUCUCUGUAACCCAACAGUCACUUGCACUAGGAUGUUUCCGUGUGAAAGUGAUACGCACAUCAGCUAAGUACCAGGGACAAGUUUACAUUCCUGAAAUCAAUUACCUUCUUAUGCUAGCUUGUGUAGGAAUUACUCUUGGCUUCAGGACUAGAGACAAGAUUGGCAACGCGUAUGGGAUUGCUGUGGUUUCUGUAAUGCUACUUACAUCUUCCUUGUUAGUACUGAUAAUGAUAAUUAUAUGGAAAUCCAACAUUCUUUUUAUAAUCUAUUAUGUUCUUGCCAUCGGCCUACUAGAGCUAACCUAUUUGAGUUCGGUCCUCUACAAAUUCGAAAGUGGAGGGUACUUACGAUUAGCUCUGGCAGCAGUUCUAGUGACCGUGAUGAUUGUUUGGAGUAGUGUGCACCGGAAAAGGUACUAUUAUGAGCUCCAACACAAGAUUUCUGCUGCAACGCUACAAAUGAUAACCACGGACACAAACUUGUCUAGAAUUCCUGGGCUUGCCUUGUUUUACUCGGAGGUUGUUCAGGGUAUUCCACCCAUCUUCAAGCACUAUGUGUCUAAUAUACCAGCACUGCACUCAGUUCUUAUUUUUGUCUCCAUAAAAUCAAUGCUCAUUAGCAAGGUUAGGCCAGAAGAACGGUUCCUCUUCCUAAGGCUAGAACCAAAGGAGCUUCACAUCUUUCGAUGCGUUGUUAGGUAUGGUUAUAAAGAUGUACAGGAUAAGCAAGAGCCGAUUGAGAAUCAGUUGGUUGAAAAGCUAAAGGAGUUUAUAAGAGAAGACUUUCUGUUAUCGCAAUCUCAAACAACGCGGAAUGAUGGGGAGACAACCAACGAGAAUGGGGAGUUGCAAAGCGAGUUAAGUGGUAAGCAGGAAGAACACGAGAAUCUGGCAGAAUCAGACCAAGAUAAGCUACGAGCGGCUGUGGAAAGAGAAAUUGAAGUAGUGAAUAGAGCAUCGCAAGCUGGGGUUUUCCACUUGAUUGGUGAAAAUGAGGUGAGUGCUGGCAAAGGAGCAGGUAUAGCAAAGAAGAUUUUGAUAAAUUACGCUUACAAUUUCUUGAAGAAGAAUUUGAGGCAAAGCGAUAAAGUAUUUCAAAUUCCCCGUGAACGGAUGCUCAAAAUUGGGAUGACUUAUGAGCUUUAGGGUAUGUAACUGGAAUUGCCUGCUCAAAAGAGGAAUAUGAACAUUGAACUUGCUCCAAAUUCUCAACUCUUUCUUUUCUAGUAUAUGUUG